AUGGCUCUGCGACCACCCGCGGCAGGGACUCUACUGCCAUCGCAGGCCUUCAGCGUUGAGAUUGCUGGCCACAGCGUUUUACACUGGGCCCGGCUACUCUCGGCGAAGCUCAGCGAUAAGCCUCUUGAAGUCGGUCAUGCUAGGAGCUUCCCUCGGUUGCUGAUGAUGAUGAGAGCCCCUGAGGCUACGGGUGACUUAUCGCACCUACCACGGGUGGCGAUGGUUGACGACUUGGCGUAUUGUCUGCACUCUAUGGUGUGGGGGAAGUCACCAAGGCAGGCGAACGGCUACCUUCAAGGCCUCACUGGCUGGUCGAAGCAUCCGUUACAUCUGAAUCUGAUAAGGGAGUGUGCAUUGGCUACUGGUGACCUCGACAGUGUUAUCAAAGUGGACGCUACGGUGAAGACCAUCCGUGUUGAUCACUCUAAAAUAAGGAGACAGACUGUCGUGUGUGAGAUGAAGUGCUGGGAGAAAAUUCAGAAUCUUCGUAAUCAGCUCGCUCGAGGAGAAUUCGAUCAGCUUGUUGAGUGGGAAAUCGACAAGUAUUUGUCGAGACUAUUACGGUCGGGUCAGGUGAGGACUUCGAGGGAGGUAUUUAGACUGUGGUUACUACUGGAAGCGGCGGCCGCCACUCGGAUGGCCAUAAGAGUCCUCUCGAAACGACGUGAGUUCUUCCUUGAAAAUGAGGAGAGGCGUCAACGGUGGCCGGCAAGGCAGCUGAUAGUCUAUGAUUUGGAGACUGUUCAUGACAGCGACACGGUAUUUGGCGAUAGAGAAGAUCUCAAGUGGUUGGAUCGAACCCGGGUCGUUCAGUUCGCUGCACGUAAUUAUACCACUGGCGAGGAAGUCUUCGUGGAGUGUCGAUCGCCCUAUGAGUGGUCGACGUUGUCCAGCAGCGCUCAGAAGUUCUGCAGGGCGUCAGGGUCGGGCAAGAGGCCUUUUAAUGCCAGUCUGCCUCUAUUCCCGAAGGCUUGGAGGGAUACUGUGAUACCCUUUCUGCAGAGACAGCGUUGCCGAGGUCCAUUGGUAAUGGCUGCAUUCAAUGGUAAGCAGUUCGACAACCGAGUGAUGAAGCACUAUGGUCUACCCGGGUGGCGCCCAUUGAGGAAGAUCGACCCGUUGAUAGCAGCACGACGAGUUGGUCACCCUCAUAGUGGCUUUUCGUUGUCGUCACUGUACCGGUAUAGAGUAGGAGGGUGGGCACCAGGGGUCCACACUGCCCAAGGGGACGUAGACAUGCUUGUGGAUCUAAUCAGGGAAUGGCCGGAGCUUAAUGAGGCUGUGAUGGAGGACUUCAAUAGCGUCGACCGAAGGAGGAGAAGGUCUCGACAACACCUGCGGUACUCCUUUAAUUCACAAUAG